GCAGCGGCAGAGACAAAACAAUAGCAUCGAACAAUGCCCAAUUCAUUAUUAACAUAUUCUAUACAAAUUAUCACUCUUUAUGAACACGAAGACCAAACAAAAGAUUCUUUCAAACAUUAAUGAGCCCUUGAGAUGCCAAAGAGCGUGUUCGCAGUUCAUUUACGGAUUAAAAGACUUACAAAUGGCAUGGAAACUAUGCUGAUAAGAGAUCGAACUUUCAUGACAAGACGCGUUGCUAUUACGAAGCAGUUUCGACGUGGCUUUUAUCAAGCUAAUAUGGUCAAUUUGUGUCGAAUUUUUCCAAAGAAAAGUUAUAUCGAGUUCUAACCGACCAGAACGAACACAAUCGAUAUCAUGCCUCAAAUAACCGCGAGCUAUGUCAACUUGAGUUCAUCUGCUAUAGAAGCACGUCCUUCUGGACACAGCAAAGCAGCGAGAUACGAAGACAAAAGUUUGAAAGGAGAACCGGUUUCAAACGAAGAAGAGAAAACAUUGUCAAGACAUGAUGGACGCCGUGAUGUAUUAACAGACAUCAGAGCAAAAUACUGCCUCAAAUUACCAAUUCUAACAAAAGCCACAAGAUGCAACAAUAAUCUCAAGAAUAGAGUUGAAGUUCUAUUACGAAGAAAGCAAUGUCCUGAUUUAACAAUUCGCGAACUGAAAUUGGACCGGUGUGGAAAACACAGGGAAAAAUUGUCAUCAUCGUGUUUACGAAGCCACGAAGUUUCUCUUUGUAUACCAGAAAGUAGAGCUAUUGUUUCAAAGGAGGGUUUAAGUGAAAACUCUUUGAAUAGCAAACUGCCACUUUCUUGUUCAAUUCUUGAGGGGCAAAGAGUGAAUUUAAGAGAGAAAGUUGGGUUAAACAAACAGCGAAAACAAAUCCGAAAACAUUGUGAGCCUCCAGAGGAACGAAACAAGUUACUUAAUCAAAGCCACACUUCUUCGAAACACUCUGAUCAUGUUCAAAACUUCUUAAUGAAAUCGAUGUUAACACGGAGAAACAAGUCUGACACAGCUUCAUUAAAUCCUGGAAAGCGCGAUGACCGACCGGUGUUUCACCUACCGAAGGCAGAAAAAUAUGAUAUCAGCCCUCGAGGUCUAAUAAACAGCCAAGUUUGUUCUGUUUUCAGAGUAAAUGAUGUCGAAUCAUCAUCGCUCCUUUACGCAAGCUCCAACGAUGCCUGGAGUCUAAACCACGACAACCAUGGUAUUAAACAAUCUGUUUUUCAAGCUUUCACACAACAACCUCCAGUGUUUUUCAGGGAACCAUCUGCAGUGGCUGGGGUGAAAAUAAAUUUAAAGGAACACGAGGAUGCGUUAGCAGAAGCGAUUGUAGCUGUUGAAAAAACAAACGCACUUACCUCAGCUGUUGACACAGAGGUGACUCGACAAGUAAAGAAAUUUGUCAUUAGAUUACCCCCAAUUUGCUAAAAUAUAGCUUUGCAUCUUCUAGCAUUUUCAUUUAGCCUGCAUGCGAGGUCCAGAAUAAUUUUCAAAGGAAAGCAAUUAAACAGUAUUUCUUUUAUCAUCUUUAGUGUUCAAAAGGCUGUACUUCUUUUAUCAUCUUUAGUGUUCAAAAGGCUAUAUUUCUUUUAUCGUCUUUAGUGUUCAAAAGGCUGCUUAAUUUUAAUCGGCAGUCUUGCAAAGUAGCAUUCCCAUUGCUCUCUCCUCGCAGCCUACAGUUCAGUUCGUAUUCUUCCUUUCCCUGAGUGGGUAGAGAAAGUUCCCGGUUCUUUCAACGUCAUCGCAAGGUAAAGGCUUAGCCCAACUAGUUCCCAGUCUUCUUAAAUUACGCUCGGCUGAAGAUGUCAUAGUAGGUGUCAAAAUCCUUUAAUCCCCUUGUUAAUCUGUUCAGUUAUGAGUCAGUUAUCAACAAAGGAUUAUCCAUUUGUGUAAAUUGUAAAUCUCAGCUUCGUUUCGCACUUUAAAUGGUUUGAAAAUGUCUUGACAAUUCAUGGCGCGCUUCUCAAAACGUCUCUGAAAAGAAAAGCUUCAUGAAAUACUUGUUCUCUAGAGAUGUAAUCUCAGCGUGAUACAGUUCGGUGAAACAAACAUCGCGUUCCUGAGCCCAGUCUCUCUGUAUUUCGGCAAUUGAGGGCUCGAGAUAUAUAACGGAUCAAAUUUUUUUCAUAAAUGAAAACGAAGAGACUCGAUCAAUCACUCAUUCUUUUUUCAGGUAAAAAUAAGUCGGUCGAAAUAGGUUUUUCGCAAUUGGCUUCGCACAAGUUAUGAAGGAUUCUUUUUAUACCAGAUGAAGUGGAGAACAAAAUAAUUAGUCAACUGCAAUUGAUCUCGACCUAUUUCAUUUUAAAAAGAAGCUCAAGUCAACCUUUCAUAAUUUUCCCGUCACCGACGAGAUUAGUCCGUCUGGGAUAGUACUAUUUUUAAAUUAAAACCUCUCAUUUUUAAAAGUUAAGAGUGAUUUUGGUGCCAUUAUCUUGAUCUACUUUCGUCGCCAUAAAUAAUUAUUUCAGUCAGUUUUCAUUAAUAAUUUUGAGUGAUGUCGAUUUUGAUCAGAACUUAAAACUGCGCACAACCUUUUCUGGCUCAAAUCUACCAGCGGUCUAUCACAAAUGAUGCAAUGUGAUAGACUGUCCUACUCGCAUCUUUGUUCCGUGAUGCAUUACGGGUAAAAUGAAAAUAACCAACGGUGCACAGUUGUGGAUAAAAUAG